CUGAGCAACCUCUUCUCGUCACAAGUGUCCAGGCAUGUGAGGAGGGAGGACUGAGUUUUCACACAAAAUCUACGUGAUUUUGUUGUGUUAAAUUCUUUUUUAUUACUGUGCUCUUGAAAAAUCCAAUCUUUGUUUUUGUUUGUUUAUUUAUUAGUUCUCUCUCAGUAGAUAGAUAUGAUAGUGCUGGAAAGAGUGCAAGAGUGCGAAGGUGGAUCUGCCUUGUGUCCGGGUGUUUAAAACCUUGGAAUAAAGUGAUGGAGGUUUAGUGGGUGUUCGUGGUAGCGCCGCGGGCUGUGAUAGCUGUAGUUAGUACCUGUGGAGAGCCAAACCUGCCCCAGCCCGCCCCUCCUACCUACCAACCUACCCAGUUCUUCGCCCUCUCACCUGGGAUGAGUCCUUCGUCCCGGUGAAAAGGCCUGAAGGACUCGCUCGACACCUCAACAAAAAGAUACCGCAAGUUUUCUCACAAAAGUUCUUUGAUUGGAAAAAUCGCAAGCUACGCUACACUAUGUCGAACUACAAGUCGGACUGUCGCAAGUUCCAGCCCAACAUCUUCAACAAGAGCAAAUGCACGAACUGUUUCAGGCAGCGCGAGGAACACUCUGCAGAGGCCCUCGAAUCCAACAGAGUCCGGGGGGGUGCUCGUGGGGGGAAAGCCUCCAAGAAGAGCAAGAGCAAAGAGGUGAUGUGGUCUCCCCGCGUUCGCCCACGCCCACGCCCGCCUCAGCACCCACACGCCCGCGAUUCUACAAGUUCCACUGCCUCAUCCGACGCGUCUCUCGGCAGCGAGUCCACGCCCACGGCGAGUCGCAAAGUGUCGAAAUGCGGGUACCUUUUCGUGGCGCCCGACUGGGACUUCUCCAUCCCCCUCAACCGCACCAAGCGAUGGCAGCGGCGAUGGUUUGUCCUCUAUGAUGAUGGAGAGCUAACCUAUUCCGUUGAUGACCAUCCGGCAACCAUCCCUCAAGGUGUGGUAGACAUGAACCGGGUGCUAGAGGUGUCCCAGGCAGAGGAUGUUACUGGCAACCAGUUCAGUCUUGCAAUUACAGCACCUGACAGAGUAACUUUCAUCAAGGGAACCUGUCGUGAGGAGUCCAGGUGGUGGAUGGAUGUUCUCUCAGUUUUCCCGAGAUCACAAAAGCAACAAGGUCGGCACAAACGCAAUGCAACGUUCCCGGGAAUUAAGACAACAACUGUCUUAAAACAGAAUAUGGUGUCUCAUUCUCCAUCACCUUCACUCGCCCCCACCACCUUUGAGACGCCAAUAGGACAACGGGUCAGGUUCCUCAGCUGCACCACUGACCCCCUAGGGAGCCGCCCCCCCUCUGCCCCUGCACUAGACAUGGAGGAGGACGUCUUCCCUACCAAGGACUCCUCUACUUCUAGCACCCACAUCUCCACCUCCUCCACUAGCCAAGCCCCCACCCCCACACCCUUGUAUCACUCCACCCCUCUGUCCUCCCUCCCUCCCCCUACCAGGAUCCUGAGGGACGAGCACAAGGAGAACACACCUCCAUAUGCUGAAGACUACACAGACAACCCACCCACCUCAGAGUCUCCACCUACGCAGGACAAGUUGAGUCACAAGUUCCGCACCCGGCGUGCAAUAAAGCGGGAAGUCCGAGGCCUCACACAGCCUAGGAGUAAGUCAGAAGUCACAGCAAUGUUUCCUGCUAACCUGCCGUCGUCAGUGUCUCCCCUGAGGCAUGGGACCACAGCCACCACUGGACACACCACACCCUCCCUCUACUCUUCCACAGGCAGCAUUGCCACUUCUGCUUACUCUACCCCGGAGGGUUCUCACUCCACACUCUCCCCUACUCAUUCGGCUGUUGUCGAUGCUAUUUCUUCCCCUGAGCCUCGCACUGUCCGAAGGGCCACCAUCACCCUCACCUCCUCUCUCUCUUCAUUGAAUUCCCUCACUUCCUCCUCUUCCUCUUCCUCCUCCUCUGCCUCCUCCUCCUCCUCCUCAGCUGGCUCCUCAGUAGGAGUCAGUUCAUCCCUAUCUUCUUCCUUGGGUGGUAUUGGGAGCAGUGGUGGGGACGGUGGUGGUGGUGUGGGAACCCCAUCAUUUCGGAGCCUUGAUUCAGGCGUGCAUGUUCCUACUAGACCCCACGCUCGCACGGCGCCCGACAAGCCAGGUGAAGUUACAAGGCAACUUCUACUCUCAGACUUAGAAGAAUCAAAGCGUGAAGAAAAAUUGAAAGACAUUGCUGACUCAAUAACACGAUUGAGAGGGAGUUCCUCACUCUCGUACCUAAGCAGCAAGUCUGGUCUGGGUGAUGUUAAGCCGACCCGUGAAAGAGAUGCCCAAGAUGAGACAGACGCUGCUCCUGAAGUCUCCAAGACAUCAUCAGAGGAAACAGCUGAGCCCUCACAUCCAGACCAUCAAGUACGAGGUGACCCAGAUGGGUGUGGUCUGGAGGUAUCUCCUCCCUACACUGUCAAUCCAGACCUGCAGCGAGUUGACCUUCCUGCGGAGGACCUGCUAUACAUAAAAAAGGGGUGGCUCAUGAAGCAGUCACUAAACCAUGACUGGAUCAAGUAUUGGUUUGUCCUCCGAGGAACGGGCCUCAUGUUCUACCGAGACCCCACAGCAGAGGACAACGGCAUCUUAGAUGGCAUUAUCGACCUCAGUGUUGCAAAGUCCAUUGAAGAAUGUGAUGUUGCCAGAAAUUAUGGUUUCAUGAUCUUGACUUGGGAGGAGAAGAAGUAUGUAUUCUCAGCUGUUACAUCAGGCAUCAGAGGGAACUGGGUCCAAGCUUUAAGAAAUGCUGCCAACCUCAAGGAAUCCAAGGAUCGACCGCUGACCCUCGGUGAACAGAUUGAAAGGGAGAUUGUAGCCAAAAGGGACAGGCAUAAUUCACAGAGUUCGACUUUUGAGAGCAUGGCAGCGGAACGCGACCAAGGAAACGACAUUCACAACGACUCCAUCUCCUCCGCCAACAGUCGCUAUGUGUUUUCAUCAGAUGAUGAGUAUAGGACUGCAUCAGAAACAUCAGGUGGGAUUCGUAUCCAGAACAAGGAGGAUAACUUUAAGUGCGAACGAGCCCGAUCACGCUCCAACUCAAGAACAAGGUCAAGCAAGAGAUCGAGGUCCUCUCCACCAACGUCACGCAGAAACACACGCGAUGACUUCCCAAGCAUUAGCAAAGAUGAAGUUCUAACAUCUUGCUACUCAGAGUCGGGGUCUCUCCACUCCAUCUCAGAUCUUGAUGCACAGCACAGACCAGAGAAGGACAGCAGUGCCACAACCCUUACUGGCUCAGGUGAUGCUCUCCUGGUGGAUCUUCUGGAAACGCAGGUGGAGAGCCUGAAAGCCAAGCUAGAACAGACUCAGGUCAAGGAGUUGCUUGAUCGGGUCGAAGAGCAAGAGCAUGACCUCUCAGAGAAAGCAUCUUGUGCCAACCAACUAAACGAGCUACGGAAAAA